UAUUAUUAUUAUAAUUCUUAAUAAUUUCAUUUGGUUAGAUUUUCCUUGAUUAAUAUUGAGCAUUAAAACCAUUUUGGAGCUUUUGACUCACCAAAUGUUUACUCAGUAAUAUUUAUAAUUCACAAUAAGUGUUAUUUAGCGGUUCAAAAAAUGUUAAACUAUUCAAGACUACUUCGGGCAAGUUUCAGAAUACGAAACUCUAUAAGAAGUUCUACAGUAACUAACAGCAUAAACUUUCAUACAAAUCAUGCCAUUCUUGGAAUAGAGACUUCAGCAGAUGAUACUGGAUGUGCAAUUAUUAACGAUAAAGGGGAAUUGUUGGCAGAAAGUUUACACUCACAAAAUUUGAUGCAUUUAAGAAAUGGUGGAAUAAUUCCUGAUGUGGCUCAAGACCUGCACAAAGCAUACAUUGAACCUAUAGUAUCAGAAACUCUUAUAAAGGCAAAACUUUCUAUGGAAGAGAUUUCGGCUAUUGCAGUUACCUUACAGCCUGGACUUCCACUGAGUUUGGUUGUGGGUAUGAAAUACGCGAAACAUCUGUCGAGACGACAUAAUAAGCCUAUAAUACCUAUUCACCACAUGGAAGCACAUGCACUUGUGGCCAGAAUGCAUCAUAACAUAACUUUCCCAUUUCUAGUGUUGCUUAUAUCAGGAGGCCACUGUCUGCUUGCUGUAGUCCAAGAUGUAAAUCAUUUUCAAUUACUAGGACAAAGCAUUGACUCUGCACCAGGAGAAAUGUUUGACAAACUUUCUAGAAGAAUGAAAUUGAGAAAUGUACCUGAAUAUUCUACAGUGAGUGGAGGACAGGCAAUUGAAAUGGCUGCAUCCAAAGCUACAAAUCCUCACACAUUUAAACUUCCUUUACAAUUAGCUGAAUAUAAGGACUGUAAUUUCAGUUUUAAUGGUUUAAAAACAGCAGUUUUACUUCAGUUACAUAAGAAAGAAAAAGAGCAUCAAAUAGUUGCUGAUCAACUUAUACCAGAAGUAAACGAUUUAUGUGCUGCUAUGCUCAUGGCUACCUCAAGGCAUCUAGUCCACAGAACCCAACGAGCUAUGGAGUUCUGUCACCAAAAUAAUUUAAUACCAGAAGGGAAAAAACAACUUGUAGUCUCUGGUGGAGUAGCAUGCAACAACUUCAUAUUUAAUGCCUUAACAAUGCUAUGCAAUGAAUUCAACUACAGUAUAUACAGACCAUUACCUAAAUUAUGUACUGACAAUGGUGUAAUGAUAGCAUGGAAUGGCUUUGAAAAAUGGCGAAAAGGUUUAGACAUAGUAACAGAUAUACAAAAACUGGACAUACAAGCUACUAGUCCUUUAGGUGAAAGUUUAAUACAUCAAGUUGUGCAAUCUAAAAUCCCUACGAAAUUAAUAAAAAUUAAAUUAAGUAUCUAAUUAAA